GUUGCCCGCGGUGCUGUGAGCGCGCUGCGCGUGUUUCCCCGUAGUGAAUGCGCGCCCCCGGCGGCGGUGACAGACAUGGCGGCUGCUGCGGACUGGCUGAGCUCCCUGCCCGGCUCCUGGGGAUACGGCAUCACACAGGGCGGCCGGGUCUACUUCAUCAAUGAAGAGGCUAAGAGCACUACAUGGCUGCAUCCAGUUACUGGGGAAGCCGUACUUACCGGCCACAGGAAGACUCCAGAUUUGCCCACGGGAUGGGAGGAGGGGUACACGUUUGAAGGUGCCAGAUACUACAUCAAUCACAAUGAGCGGAAGGUGACCUGCAAACAUCCGGUGACCUCGCAGCCAUCUCAAGAUAACUGUAUCUUUGUGGUGAACGAUCACACGACUUCCACAAUGACCUCUCAGGAAAAGAAAGAUCGAACUGUGAGCAUGACAAGCGAUGCCUCAAAUUGCAAUGUGAUCUCCACUGCUGAUCCCACCAGCCCCCUGACCAGAUCCUCCCGAACGUCAGGAAAAGUUCAUAAUUUUGGCAAAAGAUCAAAUUCAAUAAAGCGAAAUCCAAAUGCCCCAGUCGCUAUGCGCAACUGGCUUUAUAAAAAGGCAAACUCUGGAAUGAAGUUGUGGAAGAAACGUUGGUUUGUGCUGUCAGAUCUCUGCUUGUUCUAUUACAGAGAUGAGAAGGAAGAGGGUGUGCUUGGCAGUAUCCUGUUGCCCAGUUUCCAGAUCUCUCUAGUGACCCCAGAGGAUCACAUUAACCGCAUGUUUGCCUUUAAGGCAUCGCACCCAAACAUGAGGACCUAUUAUUUCUGCACAGACACCAGCAGAGAGAUGGAACUCUGGGUAAAAGCCAUGACUGACGCCUCACUCGUGCAUUCUGAACCUACAAAAAAGUUGGAUCUUCUGAAGUUUGAGAAUCCAGCACCUCCAGAAAUGAAUCAUGUUCCCAACCACCGGCUAUUGAUCAGGCCAGAGGUGAUUAAUAAUCAAAAAAAUAAAGAGAUCAACAAAAAGGCCCAGGAAGCUGAGAAAUAUGGCUUCCAGAAAGAUGGCCAGGAUCGUCCCUUAACUAAAAUAAAUAGCGUUCGACAUCACCCUGGCUUCUCGGAUUACGAAAUUCUGGCGGCAAAUGCUGCGCGGUACCGAUCAGUGCAUGCAAAUGGGCCGGACAGUAGACACAUGGAGACUCAGGGCCACAUCUCCGAGACAGACGCCAUCGAUCACCAGAGGCUUCACAUUCUGAACACUGAGCCUGAAAGAGUCAUUCAGCGUACCAAUUCAAUGUUACAGCUGGAGCAGUGGAUCAGAGCACAGCGAGAAAAGGAACCCGAUGAGGAUGGCAGAGGUGUCAUGUCAUAUCAGACGUUGCCCAGGAACAUGCCUAGUUACCGUCCCCAAGUUCUGCCCCGCUACCCAGAAGGAUAUAGGACCUUGCCUCGAAAUCCCAAACCACGACCAGAAAGCCUCUGUAGCACUGCUGGGGUUGGCUAUGAUCGUACAGUGGUUCCAGCUAGUGUGGAGGAGAAACGGCGCUCUAUUCGGGAUGAUACCAUGUGGCAGUUAUAUGAAUGGCAGCAGAGACAGUUUUACAACAAGCAGACCACGCUGCGGCGACAUUCCUCCCUCACCAGCCCGAAAACAAUGAUCCACAUAUCCGAGCAGACGCUGCAUUCAAUCCCGCUGUCCCCAUCACAUGGCUCCAUAUCUGGCUAUCAUACUUAUUCCCCUCAUCGACCUUACAGAUCCGAGGUGUCCUCACCAGUUCAAAGAGGCGAUCUCACCAUUGACCGGAGGCAGAAGACUCUCCCCAAUAAGCACACGUUCCUUCCUGACAGGAGGUCAGUGCCAGCAGGAUUGUCUCUACAGCCAAUUACGCCUCAGCUUCUACAAGACAAAACUCCUGAGGAACUCACCCUCCUACUUAUCAAGCUGCGGAGGCAGCAAGCAGAGCUCAGUACCAUCCGGGAACACACGCUGGCUCAGCUCCUGCGUCUCAAACAACCAUCCAGCCCGAAGAAUGAGAUUCUGUCACGUCAUCUUCAAAGAAACCUCAUCUAUGUGGAUUACCAGAUGAAAGAGAACGAACCGUUAAUCUCCAUGGUUCACACCAUGAUUGAGAACUCUGCACUCAGACCCCAUCUCUACCAGCAAAUGUCACAAGAUGAUUGCAGAGCCCCUUAUAAAUACAGGUCUGAAGAGGUCGAUGUGGAUACCAAGCUAAGCCGACUCUGUGAACAGGAUAAAGUUGUACAAGCCCUGGAACAGAAACUACAGCAGCUACACAAGGAGAAAUACACACUGGAACAAGCACUGCUGUCUGCUAGCCAGGAGAUUGAAAUGAAUACAGAGAAUCCCGUAGCCAUCCAGAGUGUGGUGCUGCAGCGAGAUGAACUGCAGAGCGGUUUACUUAGUACAUGUCGAGAAGUUUCCCGUGCCACGGCAGAGUUGGAGAGAGCAUGGAGAGACUAUGAUAAAUUAGAGUAUGAUGUGACCACAGCAAGAAACCAAAUGCGGGAUCAGUUGGAUCGCCUCGGCGAGGUGCAGACCGAAUCAGCCGGCAUACAGCGUGCACAAAUGCAAAAGGAGAUCUGGAGGAUUCAGGAUGUUAUGGAGGGUCUUAGUAAACACAAGCAGCAGAGGAGAGACAUUGAAGCAGGUAACAGUGAUUCGGCAAUGUCUUCUUCAGGAAAGAGUCCUCAUGAGGAGAAGGAAAUAGCCCCGCCGCGUCCUCCACUGCCUCGCUCCUAUGACUUUUCAGAGCAGCCUCCCUCAGUUCCCCCCUUGCCCAGUGACGGCAGCUCCUUCUUGCUGUGUCAUAGCAGGGGCCCCGGGCACGUUCCUGAGGAGAAGACACCUCACCAUGUCCAAGUCUAUCACAGAAAUGGAUCCUAUAGUGGGCCUGAUUACCGGUUGUAUAAAAGUGAGCCAGAACUUUCUACUGUGGCUGAAGUGGACGAGUCAAAUGGCGAUGAUCGCAUUGACAACUCUCUGGAUAUAGAAACUUCUGGAGCCAAAGGUUCCCACUUUCCGGUGGGCAUUGUACCUCCACGGACGAAGUCCCCCCCUCUUGAAUCCACAACAAUUGCAUCCUAUGUUACUUUGCGCAAGAACAAGAAGCUGGAGUCCAAAGCGGAUCGACCACGGAGUGCGGUGGAACACCUUUGUAUUACGGAUAGCAGCAGACCCAGAAUGACACUGGAGGAACAGCUAGAGCGAAUGAAACGGCACCAACAGGCGUGCCUCAAAGAGAAGAGAAAGGGAUUAAACUUCUUGGGAAGCUCAGAACAGUCCCCGUCGCCAAGCAAUGCCUUCUCCAGGGAGAACUCGUUAAGGCUGCUACAAACUCGCAAGAGAGAAGAAACUAUAUUUAGUAAUAUUCAAGAUAUCGAGAAUGCUGUACGAGAGGAGAAUCUGCAAAUGCGGGAAUCUCCUGCGCAGGAAAUAAUCAGACUAAAGGAAGCUGCAAGCACGGUGUGCAGUAAAGAGACGUUAAUGGUGCAGGAAGAAGACUCUGUGGGUCUAGAGACGUGUCCUGAACCUGAAGCCAAAGAGGAGAGAACAGAGGACGCACUUGGACAGACAGAUUCUGAAGAUGCUGUGCAGGUUUUGGGAGGGAACAGUAUCGAAGUUACAAACCACAAACCUGAUAACAGCCAAAGCAAGAUGGCCGCUGCCAACGGGGAAAAGGAGCACACCGGCAUCCUAUUUUCAUAUGAGUUCUCUACGGACACUUUACGAAGACAUGUGUCUCUAGAUGCUAGGAACCUGACGUCUCUCCCAGAACCUCCCACGUUAGCAGCUCCUCCGGCACAGCCACAGCUCACAGAGGGCUCCCAUUUCAUGUGUGUGUAAGGGAACUCCCAUUUUUAGCAAUAUUUGAGGAUGUGGUUGCAUCAGAGAAGAUUCUGUACAGUUUUUUUAACGCAAUCACAAACCACAGAGAACGAACGCUGCGUCUUUUGACUGCUUGCUGCUACUGUUUUCUUGCACAUGAAGAUAUUUUUAGAGCCAAAAUCUGAAUUUAUUUGCCGAUCACGAACGUUGUCUGCUUUCAUUUAUCAUCACGGGUUGCCCUGAACUAUUUUACAUUAUCCAUGUUUAACACUUUCAGAACACUACGGUACUUUAUUUUCCACUUGAUAUGUAAAAUAUAUAUUUAUAUUUAAUAUGUGCCAUUUUAUCAUAGGAUAUUCUAAAUUUUUGCUGUUAUUUUUAUGGUCAUUUUGCAGUGUAAACUGUUACUGCCACAGCAUUCAGAAACAAAAAAAUAUAUAUAUUAGUCUAUACGAUUCUUCCAGGGCAGGUUUGUACAGCAAUAAGCAGGCUCUUAACGAUGGUACGUUAAUGUACAGCUGUAAGCUAGAUUUAUUGUAAAUGUGCGCCAUCAGAUCUCAUUCCUUUUAUAACAAGCCAAAUAAAUGUGAUGUUGUUUAA